AUGGCGUCUCUGACCGGCGCAGAUCAAUAUUUUGUUUACGAGAAUCGACUUGCGUCUUUUCUCGAACCUCAACCAGUGGCCAAGAGACGCGCGUCCAAUGCAAGCUCCAGGACACCGAAAACAUUGACGUGGCCGCACAAAUUCCUGCCACCAUUCGAGCUUGCCAAGGCUGGCUUCUAUUUCGAUCCGCACCCGUCAAAUCCAGACAACGUCACUUGUUUUCUGUGCCACAAACAGAUGGACGGCUGGGAAGCCGAAGACAAUCCGAUAGAAGAACACCUCAAGCACUCUCCUAGUUGCGGCUGGGCCGUGACUGCCGCAGUUGAGGCCGAGCACGAUGGCUUGGAGCAGGUAGACCCUAGGGAGGCCAGGCUGCUGGAGGCACGCAAGGCCACGUUUGCAGGAAGGUGGCCAUACGAGUCCAAAAAGGGAUGGAAGUGCAAAAUAAAGCAGCUUGCUGAAGCUGGAUGGAUUUAUACGCCAACAAAUGAGUCGGACGACAACACUACCUGUGCCUACUGCCAGUUAGCACUAGAUGGGUGGGAGGCGAGCGACAAGCCAAUAGAUGAGCACUAUAAGCGGUCACCAGACUGUCCUUUCUUUGAAUUUAUCAACAGCAGGCCGCCACCGAAAAAGACGAGAGCAAAGGCGACUAGGGGCUCCAAAGCAUCGCGGGCUUCAACACAGUCUGCUGCUACAGCCGCCUCGGAUUUGACGACUGUCACCGAUAUUCCUGCCGACUACGAUGAUAGCGUCAUGACAACCGCCUCGGUAAUGACACAGAGCAGUAAGAAGACAGCGAAGACGAAGAAGGCUCCGGCAGCUACGAAAGCCCGGAAGGCCCGGACCAAGAAGGAAGAGCCGGUGGAGAUCCAUGAAGACAUCGAACCAGAAGACGAAGAAACGCCUCCACCACCACCACCACCGAAGCCUGCCAGAGGCCGCAAGAGAGCAAGUGACUCUAUGGAAGACUCGGCCAUCACGAAUUCAGAGGCCCCAGCGCCCAAGAAGCGCGCGACGCGUGUUCGUGGAAGCCAAAAUCCGGAUGCAUCGGUCCUCACGACAACUUCACAGGCUGAUGUUGAGAUGGGAGAAAGCAAUACACGGCCAAAAACUACAAAUGGGAAGAAACGGGCAGCUGCCGGAACAUCUACCAAGGCGACCAAAGCACGAAAAGCAUCGGCUAUGUCGGUGGCAUCGACAGCAUCGACAGCAUCUAUGCGACGAACCAAAGUUCCCGCUGAUGAUGAGCUGGACCGCCAAUUGCAGGAGGAUCUUGCUAGGCCGCUGACUGAUGAUGAAGACAUUGCGGCUGAUUCCGACUCGGAGAGGAUAAAUGUGCCUGCUGCGACCUCCAAGGCUAAGAGCAAGAAAGCCGCGGCGAAAAAGGCUCCUGCCCCAAAAGUACCGCAAGAAAAGCCCGAGGAGAGAGACUUUGAGAUGUUUGACCCGACACCGGCCCAGCCAGACGAGGUGGCUGUCGAGGCGGACCUUCAAGCAUUGGAGGAUGAGGUGUCAAUGGCCCAAGAGAGUAAAGAUCUUGCGGUGCCGAAGAAGGGCAAAAAGACAGGCACACGCAAAGUCUCCAAGCAGACAAAGAAGGCAAAGGAAUCAACGCCAGAACCCGCAGCCGAAACAGCUAUGGAUUUGGAUCCAGAAGAUCAGCCUAAACCUACAUUAUAUGAUCCAGACGUGGAUGAACUAUCACCUUCUGCCCAGUUGAACGCUGAGGUGGAUGUUUUCCACGAUGCCAGCGAGGUACACGAUUCAAGCACAGCCACAAUCGUGAGGAAUGAGGCGCCCCCAAAGCGCGGUAGAGGUCGUCCUAAGAAGUCAACAUCAUCCCGGUUUUCUUCGAGCAGUCAACUAUCCCGCCCAUCUAUCAAGCCUGGACCGUCGCCUUUGUCGGAACAGGAGCCCCCCAUGCCUUCAAUCGUCGAUACGAAUCUCACGCGUCAGACGGGGCCAAAGAAAACACCAGAGCCUGUGCUCGAUUCUCUUCCUGAAGCACCAGUUUCCUCAUCGGCGCGAAUGCAUAAGCAACAAUCUAUCCCACCCGUUGGACGAUCAGCAACACAAAACCAGCCAAGCCUUCCGCCACCCGCCACUCCCUCUGCUAAGCAAGCUGUGCUGUCACCAUCCCAAUCACCUCAGUCAUCUGAUGCCGAGAAUCAGCCCCCGUCUUCCAGACCACUUGCAAGUGCCGUCUCCAAACGUGUGGUACUAGCACCUGCAGCCAGUAGCGCCCAAAAGCCGCACGAUGUCCCGGUUUCUACCCCUGUGAGAGCCACAUCUCCAAUGAAGAAACGCGAUGGCGGCAAUCCCCGGGUCAUAGGUGGGCUUCAGAGUGCAACGCCAUGGACAGCGGUGGAUAUCGACCUCAUUUUCGCAAACCAUGAUACCCUGAUUGGAGCGGAUGAUGAGAACAUGGACAAGGAAGCCACUAGCUCGAGGCAUGUUCACAGGUUCCUCUCUCAAGGUGGUGACCUUAGUUCACCUGAGAGCCGGAUGACGGUGGAGGAGUGGAUAUAUCAUAACGCCGGUAGGGCCGAGCAGAAACUCAAGCACGAGUGCGAAGCCCUGGUCAGCUCGUUUGAAAAGGAGGGGACGAGAGCUAUGCGGGUUCUUGAAGAGCUUGUUGUGGAGUAGCGGCAUAAAAUGUCCGAUGUGAAAGCUUUCGAACAUGUGCAAAGGAACUAUUUACUCAAUGUUCCCGAAAGUCAUGUAAUGAUGUGAUGCGUGGGUGGCGUUUGCAAGGCGCUGGCGCUGCUCUUAUCCCUUCCUAAUUUGUUCAUUUUCUUGUUUCCUGUCGUCCUGUUGGCAAUCUAUGUCGUCCAUACCUCUGGUUUCUAUCUCUCACAAAGGUUUUCUGGGGUUUAUUAAACGGUCAGGGUGUAGCAUUUUAUCACGAC